AUGGAUCAAGAAAACGAGAGAAAUGUUUCAAGAUUAUGGAGGGCCUUUAGAACUGUGAAGGAAAUGGUGAGAGACCGCGGCUACUUUAUCACUCAGGAAGAAGUAGACCUAUCAUUGGAAGACUUUAAAGCCAAAUAUUGCGACUCCAUGGGGCGCCCUCAGCGUAAAAUGAUGUCCUUUCAAUCGAAUCCAGUGGAGGAGGCCCUGGAAAAUUUUCCUAACAUGGGCUCUCUGUGGGUUGAGUUUUGCGAUGAGCCUUCAGUCGGUAUUAAAACAAUGAAGAACUUCGUUAUCCACAUUAGCGAAAAGAACUUUCAAACUGGUAUCUUUGUAUAUCAAAAUGGUGUAACCCCUAGUGCUAUGAAACUGCUACCUUCUGUGGCCCCUGCUACAAUCGAAACCUUUCACGAGGCCGCAUUAGUAGUCAACAUCACCCAUCAUGAAUUGGUACCAAAACAUAUUAAACUUAGCGAUGACGAAAAGAAAGAACUUUUAAAAAGGUACAGACUGAAGGAGUCACAGUUACCAAGAAUCCAAAGAAUGGAUCCAGUUGCAUUAUACUUAGGUCUAAAAAGAGGCGACGUAGUAAAGAUUAUCAGACAGAGUGAAACCUCUGGUCGUUACGCCAGUUACAGAAUCUGCUUGUAA